AGUGAAUUGGGCAAACCCCACUCCCCUUCUCAUCAAGCUUCCCCUUCGACCGAGAACUGCGAGCGAACACGUCACACGAAAGGGACGCACACGACAUUGUCAAUCGAGCACUUUCCUCAAGAAGACGCACGAGCGACCGCCCCCCCCCCCAAGCAUUGAAGCAUGAGCAUGCAGUACAGCGUGCCGGCGCCCAAGCGCAGAGACAACACUGCCAGUGCUGAGGACGACAAUCUGCCGCCAGACAGCGAGGCGCGCGCGCUUCCCCCGCUGCCUCAGAUGGACAUGUCGAAGAGACUGCCACCCGGGCAGCGACCGCCUCCGAGCACCAAGCCGAGCGUGCCCAUGCUGCGGGGCGCCAGUGCGGGCGCCUUGUUGACUGGCAAUAAUCCUCCGAAUCCUGCUACUGCUGAGCUCCCAGCACCACCACCACCGCCAAUGGCUUCGCGCCCGCCGCUGCCACUGCCCAAGAACGCAACGCCGUUCGAUCUCAACCAGCUGCACACCGCGUCCGGGAAGGGCGGACUGGGAGCCGCCAGCACGGGGUCGUUGAAUCGCCUUCCGCCCAGCAACAACCAGCACAACAACAACAACAACAACAAGACAGGUUCAAGCAACACCUUUGAAGGGACGAGCGAGCCCGAGCCGCAGUAUGAAGGCAUUGGCAACUUUAAAGUUGCACUCGCGCCCAAUCGAGCGACAGCAGCCGCUGAAGAGCCUGCAUACGAAGGAAUUGGCGACCCGGCAGCAGCUCGUUCCAUGGUUGCCAGACUGGGAUCGCCUCCGCCGGUUCCCACGCCAAACAAGCCACCGCCAGUGCCAGGCCAGCUCCCACCUCCGCCCCCAGACCACCUGCUAUUGUCGAGCAGCAGCAAGCCUCCUGUUGCACCACCACCAGUGGCAGCGCGCCCGCCAAUUGCGCCGUCGUCUGCCGCCUACAUCACUCCCACUCCGGCGUCCCCGCCGCCUCUUCCUCCAAGCGCCGCACGCCCGCCGAUGGCACUUCCACCAGUGGCCGCCCGCUCGCCAGUUCUGCCGCCUUCCACGGCUUAUGCGGCACCAUCACCCGCAGCACCCGCCGCACCGCUUCCAGCCCCGGUCGCCGAGUCGCCUGAGGUGAGCGGCUACGACCGGCUGCAAAAGGCACAGCCGGAGGGCCUGUACAACGACUUGCGCAACGACGGCCAGAGCGCGUCCGCGCCUCCGCUGCCGUCCCGCGUCGGCACAAUUCGAGCGCCGCCGCCGGCGUAUCAAAAGGCGGCAUCCGUUCCACCUCCGACGACAACCUCUCCCUUGUAUUUUGACACCCAGCCGCCAGAGUAUGCAUAUGCAGCGAGCGGCCCAACCGGCGAGAACUACGACGAGGCUGGAUACGUGGAGCAUGAACCUCUCGCGGGUCGCCAAGCCGCCAUUCUGUACGAAAGCGCUCCGCCGCCCCCCGUCAAGGCAACAGCGCCCUCGAACGCCGGCACCAUGCGACGUGCUGAUAAUAAAGCUUUUGCCCGUGGACCCCCGGCGGUCGAAGGCUUUGAUGUGGCGCCAACCAUACCUCCGCCCCGCGGCGGGCAGAUUAUUGGCGCUUCGGCGCGUCGGCAUCUGCUUGCAACCAUCUUUCGCAACAAGCUCGUCGCUCGAGAGCAGCAGCGCAGAAGCCCGCCCUCCGGAGUGCUGGAGGUCACAGUCACGAGCAGCGACCCCCACGACAAGCUGUACUUUGAGUCGCUGCCGGCUGAGGUCACUGGUGAGACUGUACUAGCUCGAGUCAUUGCUCGGCAGCAUCUUCAGUCGUUUGCGGACUUUUUCGCGCUUUCUUACAAGCAGGAUGGCUAUGAUCAAUGGAUGAUUCCAGAACUACCGCUCAGCAUUCAAAUUGACACCCGCGCUGCAGUCAUCCUCAUUCUGCGACAGCGGCUUGUCAAGAUGCCCCCGGUGCUGCUGCUUGGCAACGAGCGAUUCAUCCAUCUCCUCUUCAACCAAUACAAGUGGUUUGUUCCUCGAGGCAACAUUGCCGUCACCAGCGAGGCCCUGAUUGUCCGCCUCGCAGCCUUGCAUCGGCACGUGUCGAACGCCGACUAUGACUCGUUUGCCCUCAAGACUUGUCUGCCUCCCCAUUUGAGUGCGGACGAAACGCAACACCGCUACUGGCACCUCCGCAUCUCGCGCGCCCAGCAACGCAUCAAGGCAUUGUCCACACUCGAAGCCAUGCUGCAAUACAUGCUGCUGCUUCGCCAGUCCGUGACGUACGGAGCCACCAUCUUUGAGUUUGGUGCACAGGGAGUUCACCCCUACACUGCACUCGGACUUGCUGAGGAUGGCAUCUUCCUCUUGCAAUUGACGGCUGCCAGCGCGGAUCGCCGAGUCGAAUUUGUUCCUUUCAACAGAGUUGGACACUUGUUGGAAACGAGCACUGAUCUCACCAUUUCUGUCGAUACUAAAUCGUACUCCUUCUUCGAGAGUGAUACACUCCGACGUGCCGUGAUUAUCGAUCUGUUUGAUGAUUAUCGCACCCUCUAUCGCGUUCAGCUCAAUCCGGCCUUCCAAGAGCAGACCGACGUUUCGUUUUUGCCCGACGUUACGCAUUUUGAACCGCCGCGUCCAAGAGAGGUUCCCGAUGAAGCCUUUUCCCGCGCCGAGCUCGUCAAACACACGUACACACGACUGGCCGUUGCCGCCAAGCUACGCGCACCGAGUCUUGUUCUUGGCGCAAGUCUGCCCGGCAAUGUUGCCACAGGCAUGCUUCAGUUUUACGAACAGCUCGAUGCAGCGAUUGACGGCGAGAAAGCUGACGAGUUGAAUUUCUGUUCACUGCAACUCAACUUUACCGAGCUCAACAUUGUGUGCACCGCUCUUCGCGAAUCCAUUGUCUACGUUCCCGCGCCGGGGAAGACUUUUGUCGAGAAUUUCCAUUGGACCAAGCUCGACCUUUCAAACAAUCCAACCCUUGCAGUCGAAAGCACUCUCGGAGUCCUGACAAAGCUCUUGCAACGACCGUCUCCUUUCAAGGUGCUCAACGUGUCGAGAAACGCCUGGUCUGGUUCUCGAUGCGAAGUGAUGCUGGGGAAACUCCUUGCUGGAGACUGCACCAUUACCGACUUGCAACUCAACAACAACAACUUGGAAACGCAUGCGGCGAUCAGCCUGCUGGCGGCGCUCAAAUCCACCAGCUGUCUUACCUCUGUCAACCUCCGCAGCUGCAACAUCACCGAUCCUUUCUUUGUCGCGCUUGGCCAGAACAUGCGCGAGAAUCGCUGUCCCAUCACAGCAAUCGACGUUGCCCACAAUCCCAUCACGGACGAAGGACUGCGCGCUUUUGUCGCGGCACAUGAAAUCUCGCCCGUCAUCACGCGCCUCGUCGUGUCUUACACGAAAAUUACGCACGUUGGAGUGAAAGCCAUGUUUGAAAGCUUUGGCUUUGUUCGCUGCCUCUCCUACCUGUCGCUCGGCAACAACAAGCUGACUGGCAAGGUCGCCGAGAGCCUUGCCACGCUGCUGAUGUCGCGCGACUGCAAUUUGACUUUUCUGAACAUUGAGGGUUGCGAGAUUGACCACAAGGCGAUUGAAAUUAUUGUCAAUUCGCUGAGGGAAAACAAGCUGUUGAAGAAGUUGGUGAUUGGCCACAACGACCUCAGCAAAUCGGCUAUGAAGACGCUGUCUUCCAUGCUUCUUGUCAACACUGCGCUCAAAGAGUUGACGCUUCGUGUCAGCUACGAUAUCGAUUCGAAGGGAUACAAGUACCUGUGGGACGCCUUGGCUGUGAAUGUCAACAUUCAAGUGCUGGACUUGUCCAACAACAGGAUGGAGAGCAGUGACUUUGCGGGGCUGGCCCAGGCGCUGGGACAAAACACAAUCCUCGAAACGCUCGUGCUCUCGAGCAACCCAGCACUUGCCAAUGAAAAGGUGCUUGCGGCACUCAUCGAUCCAUUGCUGGUCAAGCCAUGCGUCACCCUGCGACGGCUCGAUUUGUCGGUCUGUGGCUUCACGGAUAAGCACGCUGCCAAGCUCACCGAGCUGAUGCGACGCGCUGGAUCUAUCCAGCAAUUGUGUCUUCGAGCCAACAAGUUUGGUAUUACGGGCAUCAAUAAUCUACUUCGAGGGGUCACCUUGGCACCCAUGAUAUCCCAUCUCGAUCUGCUUGGACACGUGGUGCACAAGGACUCUGAAUUUAUCGAUCUCUACGACCGUGCCGUUGCGAGUGUUUUGCGCACCGUCCUUGUGGAUGGCAUGAAUGGGUCUUGAGCUCGUGCAAAUGGCUCUGUCGCAUGCUCUACUUUGUAUGUUUUGUUUUUUUCUGCCUCGUGCUAGUUGUUGUUGUGGACCAACGGAGAUCGUCCAAAGUAUAGUUAAUAAAAACAAAAAUAAAAAUAAACUUCUACGC